UCUUCUUCUUCUGCUUCUUCUUGUGCUUCUUCUUCUUCUUCCUCUUCUCCUAGGGAGUAUCAAUGGCUGCAUUCAUGGUUGUUUUGGGUGUUUUCCUCUUUGUUCUCUGUUUUUGCUCUGCUUUGCUAAAGUGGAAUGAGGUCAGAUACAGGAAGAAAGGCCUUCCUCCAGGCACAAUGGGUUGGCCAAUCUUCGGAGAGACCACUGAGUUUCUUAAACAAGGCCCUGACUUCAUGAAAAACCAAAGAGCAAGGUACGGAAGUGUUUUCAAAUCCCACAUACUGGGGUGUCCUACCAUUGUUUCCAUGGAUCCGGAGCUGAACAGAUACAUCCUAAUGAAUGAGUCAAAAGGCCUUGUUCCUGGCUACCCUCAAUCCAUGCUUGACAUUUUGGGCAAAUGCAACAUUGCUGCCGUUCAUGGCUCCACUCACAAGAACAUGAGAGGCGCUUUGCUUUCCCUCAUUUCCCCCACCGUGAUCACACACCAGCUUUUGCCCAAGAUUGAUCAGUUCAUGAGAACCCAUCUUUCUGAUUGGAAUCACAAAGUCAUUAACAUCCAAGAAAAGACCAAAGAGAUGGCACUUCUGUCCUCUCUUAAGCAGAUUGCCGGUAUCGAAUCGGGAUCAAUGUGUGAUGAAUUCAAGCCUGAGUUCUUUAAGCUGGUUUUGGGAACUUUGUCAUUGCCGAUUGAUCUUCCUGGCACUAACUAUAGACGUGGAUUCCAGGCAAGGAAGAACAUUGUUAGCAUGUUGGGGCAGCUCAUAGAGGAGAGAAGGGCUUCCCAAGAAGAUCACCAUGACAUGCUUGCCAGUUUAAUGAGAAGUGAAGAUAACAGAUAUAAACUGAGUGAUGAUGAAAUCAUUGAUCAAAUAAUUACUAUUUUGUACUCGGGAUAUGAAACUGUUUCAACCACUUCCAUGAUGGCUGUCAAAUACCUUCAUGAUCAUCCCAAAGUACUCGAAGAACUUAGAAAAGAACAUUUGGCUAUUAGAGAGAGGAAAAAGGCAGAGGAUCCGAUUGACUUGAAUGACCUCAAAUCAAUGCGGUUUACUCGUGCGGUGAUCUUUGAGACCUCAAGGUUAGCCACUAUUGUUAAUGGGGUUCUUAGGAAAACCACUCAAGAUAUGGAACUAAAUGGAUUUUUUGUUCCAGAGGGAUGGAGAAUUUACGUUUACACUAGGGAGAUAAACUAUGACCCUUUUUUGUACCCCGAUCCUUUAAAAUUCAAUCCAUGGAGAUGGCUACAGGACAAGAGAUUGGAAUCAAAAAAUUACUUCUUUAUAUUUGGAGGAGGUACAAGACAAUGUCCCGGAAAGGAACUCGGAAUAGCAGAAAUUUCCACUUUCCUACACUACUUUGUUACUAGAUACAGGUGGGAGGAAGUUGGGGGAGAUAAACUAAUGAAGUUUCCAAGAGUAGAAGCACCAAAUGGGCUACAUAUUAGGGUCUCAUCUUACUAACUAACCCAUUUUAUGUACAGAGAGAAGAAGUAUAGUACCACCAAAACGAAGAUUGAUGUACAAUAAGUCCUAACAAGUUAGAGAAUUAAUGAGAUUGAGCAUUUUUCUUUUGUCGGCUAAGUAAGUUUGCUGUCAAUUAUUGAAGGAAAUAGGACUGACAAGACUGUAAAUUUUUUUAUUUUUUUCUGGCUUUGCCAUUGCGGAAUCAGUCUCCUGUUUUCUUCUUGCACAGUUUUGGUUAACUUGCCUUGACCCGAAUAAUAAAUGUUUAUCCUGCUAACUCAC